AUGUUUUCGCCGCUUACCCCCGCCAAGGUGCUGCUUGCCUGGCCGGCGGCCGGCUCCGCGGCGAUCCAGCCUUUGACCACGCUCCUCGAAGGCGAGGUGCUCGAGAUGGUCGCCCACCCUGAGCUCGAUGUCCUCGACCGCGCCUGUUGGCCCGAGUUGUCUCGCAAGAGUUGCUCCCGGGCUUCCGACGGUGCCUGGGCAAGCUUGGUGGCGGCAGCCUGCCAGAGAGGCAUGGCGCGGCCAGCUGAGGAGGACCAGGUCUUCCACGGGGCCGGCGCCGAGCCCGUGCGCGCCGGGGCCGGGGGCGUUGAGAAGAUCAAGGUCGUCGGCCACACGCGCCAUGGGCUGCUCCGCUUCAUCGGCAUAUUCUGCCCCAUCAACGACUACUGGGUCCGCGCCCCCCGCGACGACGACAAGUUGCCGUGCGUGGGCCAGAUUGCCUUCCUCUACCUCCAGGAGGGCGAGGAAAUCCUCAUCGGCUCUGAAGAUUUUGAGAGCUGCUUCAAGUUGUUCACGCUCCCGGACAAGCGGCUCGGAUACUUCAGCUACGGGAAGCGGGUUCCAGGCCACGUCGUGGGAAUGCCUGAUCGCGAGUGGGUGAGGCCUGCGUUGAGGGUGGUGCCCAUGGGCUGGGUCAGCCCGGUCGCAGUGAUGCAGGCAGUGGCUCGGGAGAUGGCGUUCGGCCUGGCGGGGACCCCUCGCGACGCGGUGGUUCAGAAGGGCCGCGACCUCCCCGACCAGAGCGAGGUCUCCAUCCUAUAUUUCGAUUCCUACGAUCGCCUCAGGGUUGCCGACGAGGCUGCCAUUACCGCCCUGGCGGGCGAAGACGCACCCGAGCACGAGCGCUGCGUGCAGGUGCGCGCUGACCUAGGGCUGCCCCUGAACGCGAGCAAGUCGCUGAUGGGCGCCACGCGCGCCUCUUUGCAGGGUGGCUUCCUGGACUCGGAAAGCGGCGCCUUCGGUCUCGAGCCUUCGAAGGGGUGCGAGCUAGCAUGGAUCGGCCUCUCGCUGCUGUCGCAGAAGACGUGA